CGAGGAGGUGAAAGGCUAAAAAGUGGCGGGAAGCAGAGGGGCUUCCAGGUCGGUGCUGCACCGGAGAGGCUGCCGUGGUUGUGGGUUCGAAUCCCCGCUUGGAAAGGUAAAAAGACCUGAACUCGGGUCAGGAGCUCCAGAUCUCGAAACGGGAACUUGCCCCAACUGUCUGACUUCCAUGCUGUGUAGCUAGUUUUGCAAAAAUGUCGGUAAAUCCCAUGGCCUAUGAGGCCCAGUUCUUUGGCUUUACUCCUCAAACGUUCAUGUUGCGAAUAUAUGUAGCCUUCCAGGACCACCUUGCUCACAUAAUGCUUGUGGUGGAGGACACGAUUCUGAAUAAAUUGGAGUGCAUCCGUCCCAAUAAGCUCACGCCUUCCCUAAUCCGGAGGAGCACAGAGCAGUUCUUCUCUUUAAUGAAGAAGAUUUUCAACAACCUCUUUGGCAAAAUGGAAGACACCCUUCUGAAAACAGUGUUGAGCAUCCCCCCAAAUGUUUUGCUUCCGGAAGACAAAGGCCAAGAGGAAUUCCACUACACUCCAGAACAGUUUCAGGAGCUCCAGGAUGAGAUUGACCAGCUGGAACGACAACUCAAGGCCGAAAGCGCAGCUGAACAGGCUCUUCUAGCGGAGCUAGAAGAGCAAAAGAUUGUCCAAGCGCACCUUGAAGGGAUCCUCCAGUGGUUUGAUGGCCUUGAAAACGUAGGCAGAGAAGAGGGGGUCGGCAACCUGAAAGAAAGCUUUUCCGCCUUGACAAAAACAACUGUCAAACUCCAGAGUGUCGUGCGGGAGGUGGAAGAGAAAAUGAACAAGCUGAAGAAGUGAUUGUGUAAAGGUGGGGAUGGAGAACCAUCAAAUGUUCUUGAACUCUAUCACUCCCAUCAGACCCAGCAUAGCCAAUGGUCUGGUGGAGCUUGUAGUCCGGCCACAUGUUCCUCACCCCUAGUGGCAAAUAAAAUGGGAUCCAUUGGAUCAGUGUUGCUGUUCCGCCUUAAAAGUAUGGCAAGAAGCUUUUUGCAUCUGGAGAUGGCCUCGUGGUCCCACUCGCUAGCUGUUGGUCAAAACUGGGCAGCUACUCUCUUGUGACACAUCUAUUCUCACCCACACACCUUUAAUGAAGAGCUCUGCGAUAGGAGCAACCCUGCCAUGGACACUACUCCCCAAUAUAUUGCAGGACCUCUUCUGGGGAGGAAUUGCUCCUUCAGGCAGCUGGAAUCUACAGGGUGGCCCAAAAGUAGCUAUACUGCUUUAGAAUCCACUUUUUUUCUUCUUGACUGUUCUUUGAUUCAGCUGUAUACCUACUUCUGUAGAUCAACUUUUGGGCCACCUUGUAUGUAUGCAGAACUAUAUAAUUACACUCUUAACUCUGAAACUUUUAAGAAUGGGCACAUUUUUCUUUGUCUUUCCGACCCCUGCCCUCAUAGUUUAUCAUUUUACCUUGUUAUUUAUAAGCUGCUGCUUGGCUAGCGCAGGGUAAAAAUGUUUUCAGCUCUUAGCUGCGCCAAUACCUUUAUUUAGUUUCUCAAGUGUGCUUAUCGACAAUGUGCCUUCAAGUGAUGUGUGUUUUCCAGCAAUGCUUUGAACUGGAAAAUUAUUAAACUUGCAUUGCAAAAUUUCCAGCUUUAAAUGUAAAUAUUCCCUAGAGUAAGGUGUUUCAGGGGGUUUGGUUGGUUUACCAAAUACACAUAAAUAAACGCAUCACUUUGAAACAGCCA